UUCAGCUGCAAUGACAAUGGCUCGUCGAGCCGCCACUGCGGCGCUGGUGCUCGCGGCAGCAUGGGCCUUCGCGCCGCCCCAGACAAAACGCGCAACAACUCAACUCUACUUCUUCGACAAGCUCGCCGAGUCCAUCACGGCGGCGACGGACGUGCUCAGCGGCAAGAGCCGCAUGACCGAGGCCAACACCAAGUCGGCGCUGCGCGACGUGCGGCGGUCGCUCCUCGACGCGGACGUGGCCAAGGUCGUCGUCGACGGCUUCGUGGAGAACGUCCAGGCGAGCGCCCUCGACGGCGAGGUGGCGGAGGGCGUCGACCCCGGGCAGCAGUUCGUGAAGAUCGUCUACGACGAGCUCAAGCGGGUCAUGGGCGGCGACGACGACGAGCUCCUUUUUAGCGACGACCCGGAGGCCGCGGCGAAGGCGCGCGCGGGCCUCGCCUACCGCGACGACGGCGCGCCGACGGUCGUGCUGCUCUGCGGGCUCCAGGGCGCGGGCAAGACGACGGCGGCGGCGAAGCUCGCGCUGCGCCUCAAGGAGGAGGAGGGCAAGACCCCCAUGCUCGUCGCCGCGGACGUCUACCGCCCCGCGGCCGUGGAGCAGCUGCAGAUCCUCGGCGAGCAGGUCGGCGUGCCCGUCUACGCGGAGGCGUUCGAGGCCGGCGCGGGCGACGCCGUCGCCAUCGCGACGGCGGGCGUGCGGGCGGCGAAGGAGCGGGGCGCCGACGUCGUCAUCGUCGACACGGCGGGCCGCCAGGUCAUCGAGGAGUCGCUCAUGGCCGAGCUGCGCAGCGUCCGCGCGGCGACGAAGCCCGACGAGACGCUGCUGGUCCUCGACGCGAUGACGGGCCAGGACGCGGCCUCGCUCGCCAAGCGCUUCGACGACGCCUGCCCCCUCACGGGGUCGGUAUUGACGAAGCUCGACGGCGACGCCCGCGGCGGCGCGGCGCUGAGCGUCCGCGCGGUCUCGGGCAAGCCCAUCAAGUUCGUCGGCGUCGGCGAAAAGGUCGGCGACCUCGAGCCGUUCUUCCCCGCGCGCAUGGCGAGCCGCAUCCUCGGCAUGGGCGACGUCGUCUCUCUGGUGGAAAAAGCGUCCAAGCAGCAGUCGGCGGCCGAGGCCAAGGCCGUCAUGGAGCGCACGAAGCAGGCCAAGUUCAACUUCGACGACUACCUCGACCAGGCGCGCAUGGUGUCGAACAUGGGCUCCUUCGGCGCCGUCGCGAAGAUGAUGCCCGGCAUGGGCGGCAUCGACAACGACCAGAUCGCCGCGGCCGAGGCGAAGAUCAAGAUCCAGGCGAGUUUGAUCAACUCGAUGACGCCGAAGGAGCGCGGCGAACCGGACCUCAUCAUCCGCGACAAGUCCGCGCUCGCGCGCCAGAAGCGCAUCGCCGCGGGCAGCGGGCGCUCCGUGGACCAGGCGAAGCAGUUCCUCUCCGAGUUCCAGCAGAUGCGCACGAUGAUGGCGAAGAUGGCGGGCCAGGCGCCGCCGGACGGCGCGGACGCGGCCGCCGCGCCGGACCCGGACGCGCUCCUCAACCGCGCGGCGCGGCGAGCGAAGAAGAAGAAGGGCGGCAAGCGGAAGCUCAAGACCGCGGGCUUUGGCUAGGCAAGUACUCCUAAAAAAUAGUUACUACCG